AUGAAAACAUCUAUAGGAGGCCAGAUAACCAUGUCAGCCACGGUUGUAGAUGCAGUUAAUGCUGCACCCCUAUCGGGGUCAAAAGAAAUGAGUUUGGAGGAACCAAAGAAGAUGACCAGAGAGGACUGGAGAAAGAAGAAGGAGCUAGAAGAACAGCGAAAAUUGGGCAAUGCUCCUGCAGAAGUUGAUGAAGAAGGAAAAGACAUCAACCCCCAUAUUCCUCAGUAUAUUUCUUCAGUGCCAUGGUAUAUUGAUCCUUCAAAAAGACCUACUUUAAAACACCAGAGACCACAACCAGAGAAACAAAAGCAGUUCAGCUCAUCUGGAGAAUGGUACAAGAGGGGUGUAAAAGAGAAUUCCAUAAUUACUAAGUACCGCAAAGGAGCAUGUGAAAAUUGUGGGGCCAUGACACACAAAAAGAAAGACUGCUUUGAGAGACCUAGGCGAGUUGGAGCCAAAUUUACAGGUACUAAUAUAGCUCCAGAUGAACAUGUCCAGCCUCAACUGAUGUUUGACUAUGAUGGGAAGAGGGAUCGAUGGAAUGGCUACAAUCCAGAAGAACACAUGAAAAUUGUUGAAGAGUAUGCCAAAGUUGAUCUGGCAAAACGAACAUUGAAAGCCCAGAAACUCCAAGAGGAAUUAGCCUCAGGAAAAUUAGUGGAACAGGCUAAUUCUCCAAAGCACCAGUGGGGAGAAGAGGAACCAAAUUCUCAGACGGAAAAAGAUCAUAAUAGUGAAGAUGAGGAUGAAGAUAAAUAUGCAGAUGAUAUUGACAUGCCUGGACAGAAUUUUGACUCCAAGAGACGAAUUACUGUCCGGAAUCUCAGGAUUCGAGAAGAUAUUGCAAAAUAUUUGAGGAAUUUAGAUCCAAAUUCUGCCUACUAUGAUCCAAAAACUAGAGCAAUGAGAGAGAAUCCUUAUGCCAAUGCAGGAAAGAAUCCAGAUGAAGUGAGUUAUGCUGGAGAUAAUUUUGUUAGGUACACAGGAGAUACCAUUUCAAUGGCUCAGACACAGUUGUUUGCGUGGGAAGCCUAUGACAAGGGAUCUGAAGUACAUCUGCAGGCAGAUCCUACAAAGCUAGAGCUGUUGUAUAAGUCCUUCAAAGUCAAAAAAGAAGAUUUCAAAGAACAGCAGAAAGAAAGCAUCCUGGAAAAGUAUGGUGGCCAAGAACAUUUGGAUGCCCCUCCAGCUGAAUUGCUUUUAGCCCAGACUGAAGACUAUGUGGAGUACUCAAGACAUGGGACAGUCAUCAAAGGACAGGAGCGGGCUGUUGCCUGCUCUAAGUAUGAGGAGGAUGUGAAGAUCCACAAUCACACACAUAUCUGGGGAUCGUACUGGAAAGAAGGCCGAUGGGGAUACAAAUGCUGUCACUCUUUUUUCAAGUAUUCCUAUUGUACUGGAGAAGCUGGGAAGGAGAUUGUUAACUCUGAGGAAUGUAUUAUAAAUGAUAUAACUGGGGACGAAUCUGUGAAAAAACCUCAAACUCUCAUGGAGCUGCAUCAAGAAAAACUGAAAGAGGAAAAGAAGAAGAAGAAAAAGAAAAAGAAGAAGCAUCGAAAGAGCAGUUCAGAUAGUGAUGAUGAAGAAAAGAAGCAUGAAAAAUUGAAAAAGGCACUGAAUGCAGAGGAGGCCCGCCUUCUUCAUGUCAAGGAGACCAUGCAGAUUGAUGAGAGGAAGCGGCCUUACAAUAGCAUAUAUGAAACUCGGGAACCUACUGAAGAGGAAAUGGAGGCAUAUAGAAUGAAACGUCAGAGGCCAGAUGACCCCAUGGCCUCUUUCCUUGGACAGUAGUAACUAGUCAGAUGACCAUCCAAGAUAGAUGCAGCUGAUACAUUCUUUUCAGCUUCUUAUUGAUGAUUGUAGAUACAAAAAUCCUUGUUUAUUCUUCUUGCUGCCUGACUUUAAUAAAUAUUUCAGGUACCUCACAGUAAGUUCACUCUUUUCCAUACUGAAGAAGCAAAAAAGAAAGAAGAGGCACAUGAAAUAUGCUUUUGGGAACACAAUUUAAAAUUGGAUUAAGAUUUUAUUUCUAGUUUUAUGUGAGUCAUGUGUAAAGAAGCCUUGGCUCUCUACCUAUUAAGAAUGUCUCUCUCUACAUUUAUUAAGCUUCAAACUUUAUUGCUUCGAUUUUUGUGGCCCUAUAUUUAGUCUUAGCAUACCUUGGUUUUGAGAAAAAAACAGGGCUUUGUUUUUUUAAAAUAAUUACUAGCAACUCUGUGACUACAUUUAUUUUUAUGUUUUGUUUUCUUUAAGAGACAAGAUCUUGCUAUGUUGCCCAGGCUAGAGAGCAGUGGCUUUUCACAGACGCAGUCAUAACGCCCUGCAGUCUUGGGCUCAAGCGAUUCUCUCUCCUUGGCCUCUGGAGUAGACUAAAUGUGUUAGUCUUUGAAUGGAAAACAAUUAUUUUCUCAUCAUUGGGUCAAUAUUGACUGAUCAGUAUUAGUCUUUAUCAUUCUGGACAUAAGCCUUUAGAUGUAGAAAUCCUUUCCUUUAUCAUAGAGGAUAUGGUUUACGAUACUGUUUGUUUUCAUUGUGAUUGCCCUCAUGUAACAAUCAUGAAUAUUAGAUUUUUUAAAUUGUAGAAUAUCCUAAUAUUUAUAGCCAGCAGCUGUUACUUUGUUUGUAAAAUUUGCAAAAAACCAAAACCUGAAGUUGGCUCCUUGAAAGAAUUACAAAGAUAGCUUGUAGGGAUGUUAGUAAUAGAUUGCCAUGAUCCUGAAGCCUCUUCUCAGAACACUGUGAAGAUAAUACUGACAGAGUGGAAUCAGUGAAAACAGCCUAACAAAACCUCCGACUUCAGUAUAUCAACUUUUAACAGCUCACUGGCUUUUCUAAACUACCAAAAACCACCUAUAGGAUACUGCAUCUCAGAAAGGGUGGUGUGAGAGUAACUGAGUCAAAUUGUAAAGUACUUUGGAUAUACAUAGUGUCUAGCUUUAGAUUGGUAUGAAAUUAACAAUGCAAAUAGAUUUAAUUUUUAUUUACUUCAAGAAUGCAAAAAAAUGUUCAUUUUCCUAUCCAAACGGGGUGGUUCAACAUAAAGGCUGACAUUGUUGUGUCUGUUUUGUAUUUUAUCUUUUGUUAAAGAUAAAUAAAUGACAAUACUUAACUGUG